AUGCUGCGCGUUCGUGCCCUGCGGCUGCUCGGCCGCCGGCGGGCGAGCGGGGUGUCGGUCCCGGGCUCCUGCGGCCCGCGCCACUGCAGCUCGGGCCCUCUCGGUGUGCGCGACGAUGCCCCCGGCGCCCGCGCCUUCUUCACGACACCCAUUUUCUACGUGAACGCGGCGCCACACAUCGGACACCUGUACUCGGCGCUGCUGGCGGACGCCCUGUGCCGCCACCGUCGCCUGCGAGUCCCCAGCGCGGCCGCCACGCGAUUCUCCACUGGCACCGACGAGCACGGCUUGAAGAUUCAACAGGCAGCGGCCGCCGCGGGCCUGGCCCCCGCCGAGCUUUGCGACCGAGUGUCUGCCCAGUUCCAGCAGCUUUUCCGGGAGGCUGGCGUCUCCUCCACCGACUUCGUCCGCACCACCGAGGCCCGGCACCGGGUCGCCGUGCAGCACUUCUGGGGCUUGCUGGAGGCCCGGGGUCUGCUUUACAAGGGGCUCUAUGAGGGCUGGUAUUGCGCCUCCGAAGAGUGCUUCCUGCCCGAGGCCAAGGUCACCCGGCAGCCGGGCCCGUCGGGGGAUGCGUGUCCUGUGUCUCUGGAGAGUGGGCAUCCCGUAUCCUGGACCAAGGAAGAAAACUACAUUUUCAGGCUUUCCCAGUUCCGAGAGCCGCUUCGGCGGUGGCUGCGGGACGACCCGCAGGCAGUCACUCCCGAGCCGUUUCGUCUCGCAGUUCUCCAGUGGCUGGAGGAGGAGCUGCCGGACCUGUCGGUCUCUCGAAGGAGCAGCCACCUGCACUGGGGCAUUCCCGUGCCCGGGGACGAUUCGCAGACCAUCUACGUGUGGCUGGAUGCCCUGGUCAACUACCUUACCGUAAUUGGCUACCCGAACGCGGAGUUCAGAGCUUGGUGGCCAGCCACCUCUCAUAUCAUAGGUAAGGACAUUCUCAAAUUCCAUGCUAUCUAUUGGCCUGCGCUCCUCCUAGGGGCCGGCAUGAGCCCACCUCAUCGCAUCUACGUCCACUCCCACUGGACGGUCUGUGGCCAAAAGAUGUCCAAAAGCUUGGGUAACGUGGUGGACCCCAAGACUUGCCUCGAUCGCUAUACUGUGGAUGGCUUCCGAUACUUUCUUCUUCGGCAGGGCGUCCCCAACUGGGACUGUGAUUACUAUGAUGAAAAGGUGGUUAAGUUGCUAGAUUCAGAGCUGGCAGAUGCUCUGGGAGGCCUCCUGAACCGGUGCACUGCCAACAGAAUAAAUCCUUCCGGGACAUACCCGGUUUUCUGCGCCAACUGCUUUCCCCCUGCGCCAGGGGUGGCGGGGCCAUCGGCUCGCGCUCAGGCUGAGGACUACGCCUUGGUGAACGCAGUGGCCACCUUGCCCAGGCAGGUAGCCGAGCAUUACGAUAACUUCCAGAUCUAUAAGGCUCUGGAGGCCGUGUCCAGCUGUGUCCGGCAAACUAACGGCUUUGUCCAAAGGCACGCACCAUGGAAGUUGAGCUGGGAGAGCCCAGUGGAUGCCCCCUGGCUGGGUACCGUGCUUCAUGUGGCCUUGGAAUGUUUACGAGUCUUUGGAACUUUGCUCCAGCCUGUCACCCCAAGCCUAGCUGAUAAGCUGCUAUCCAGGUUGGGAGUCUCUGCCACAGAGAGGGGCCUUGGAGAGCUCUUUUUCUUGCCUCGAUUCUAUGGAUAUCCAUGUCCUUUUGAAGGGAGGAGGCUGGGACCUGAAACUGGGCUCUUGUUUCCAAGACUAGACCAGUCCAGGGCCUGGCUAGUAAAAGCCCAUCGGACCUAGAAACUUAGUUCUUAAUUGGCUUCUGAUAAAAAAGCAAAUGUGUUUCUUAUUUUGCAUUUUCAGGAAAGUUAUACUAAUGUUUUCUAAAGUGUUGCAUCAUAUGAGCACAUAAACCAUGUCCCUGUGAAAAGAGGUUUGUCACCUUUCAGGUGCCUACCCCCCUACUCUUCAGUUUUCUGUACCCAUUAACCACUAUCCUUUGCACACCAAUGUCUCUAAGAUGUCUCCAAGGUAAAGAUGGGGAAGAGACAACUUUGCUGAUACUAUUCCUUCUCCUUGUGCCUCCUUCCAAGCCACAAUUAAUGUUAUUUGCCCAGACUACCUCUUAUGGCUUUUCAUUGGCCUGGCCUCUGCUGGGCAAGUUAGUGGAGAGUGGGGGUUGGAGGCUCCCCUACCUCAGCUUUUACAGAAUAGACCAAUUUUGUUAUGUAUAUUGGGUUUCCUAUUAAAAAGAUUUUUUUUAAUUAAACCUUUAAAAGCCAUUGUCCUCAACUAGAUGGUUUUUGCCCAUGUUCGUAUUUUCAGUUCUUAAAACUGUAACUCUGUACUUUGUUAAUAGUCUAAUAGUUGUGCUUUGUAACAUUAUAUGUCAACCAGUAGAUGGCUCUAAAGUCUCAAAUAAUUACUUGACAAUGACAUUUCAGAAUAUUUAGAAGAAAUUCAGUUUUCUGCUUUCUAAUUAUGCAGAAUUUAAAUUUAGAGAAAAAUUUUUUAUUGUUUUUCUUAAAAUAAGGGAUAACUGUAGCCACUGCAGUUUCACACAAAGCAAUAAAAAGAUCAGAAUCCUGUUUUUUUCACUACUGAAAAAGGACAUUUCCUUUAUUAAUAUUUAGUAGUCUAAUAAGUAAACUUACCAAAUUUGUUUGGACCAUCUGUGAUAAAUUAUAAAGCUCUCGAGGUAGUUGGCAUGUUAAAAAUUUUAAACUUUAAUAACAUUAAGUUUACACAUACGAUUUAAGAAAUCUGUAAAUAGUUCAGAGUGGUUAUAUUUUUUUUAUUUCUUAGUUAUAAUUAUGUCACCACAUACAGAAUUUACUUUUUAUAAUUUCUUUUGGUCAAUCAGAAUCUAUGAUACAAGACAGACAUUGUGUGAAUAGUUAUAAAUGUUAAUACAUUUACUUUCAAGUACUUUUUACUUUUUUUUUUUGCUUUCUUAAGUUAUUAAAGUUUAAAAGUUUUUGAGUACCUUA